UCUCAGUCUUAUCGGUAUCGGUAUCAGUGGUAGACGGAGAGUCACCAAACGUCGGUUGGUAUAUUUUGCUCGCCUCGCUGAAGCUAUCCAUCCGCAAGAAAUACCAAGUUCCUUAAAGUUCGCGCAAUAGAAUCGGCUACGAAAGCGUAGCAUAUUAACGGAUCAUGUGCGUCAUGUUGCCAAUGCUGCAGGAAAAUUCUUUAUUCCCGUUUAAUCCCAGUUUGGACGAAGAGAUAAAGCGGCUGUUCGACAUCGCCAUAAGCAAGAGGCCACAGCCGAAUGUUGAGGAAGUGAUGGAAGAAUUUCGACAUAAUGGCCGUGACUACGAAUAUUGUCCAGACCACGAAGACAUAACGAAACAGAGUAUACCGCGACGAAAGAAGAACAAAAAACCCUUACCAACAGAAUGCGUCUUUUGUAGAAAUAAUGGGGAAGAAGAGGCAUACUAUCGAAAACAUCUGCUAAAGGAUAUCGAUGGACGUGUCAUAUGUCCCGUUCUUAGAGCUUAUACAUGUCCGAUUUGCGGCGCAAGCGGCGAUGUAGCACAUACAGUUAAAUAUUGUCCAAAAGGUCCUUACAAUCCCUGGGGAAUGAGUAUGCCGAAUACUUUCAAGUUACUGAGAAACUCUGCGGGAAAACGUCGCAGCAAUUCCAUCGCCCAAGCUUGAAAUAUCUCACGAACAAUACUUUCUAAGCGCGAGAUUUUCAAUAGGAAGGAAUAAGAAGCGGGCGUUCUUUGAGUACACAUCAACUGCUAACAGAGGCUAUCCUCGCAUAUGUCCAAAUGACAUCGAAUUCUUAAGAUAAUCUAUAGAUUUUUAGAUUUCUCUUAUAUACUUUUGUACCUAACAUUUACAUUCGUCUGUGCAGACGAGUAUUGACACUCGACAUGAUCUCGCAUCCUCGCGAAUACGCUGAAACAUCAGAUCUAAAUCGAGAUCGAGACGUGACUUUAGUUAGUUUUGCGUCACCCUUCCGCAUUCUUUCUGUAUAUUUAUAUAAUUUAUACCAUCUCUCUCGCAUUCUUCCUAUUUGUAAUAUAAUUCAUUCCAUAUCAUAAUUCAUAAUAAAGUGUUAAAAAACUGCUCUGAUAAAAUUUUGGUUUAGAAGAAAAUUUACGCGUAUUUCAAGAAUCGCGUGAUUGGACAAAUUCAGCAACAUACCUAACAUCAAUUUUGCAAUGCGUCAUGAUUUUAAGAUUAAACGCAAUUUUUUUUACAUGCGCGCGAUAUAUUUUGGCGGUGACUUCUUAGGCAGUAGAGAUAUUUAGAAUUCAACGUGACUCAAUAAUAUGUCAUCGACGAACAAAUACACGGAUAUUUUUUUUUUGUUAAGAUGUUAAUAUCCUUAAGGAAAAUGUGUAUAUUGCCUGUUGAUCUAUCGAUAACAUAUAAAAGUCACAUUGAAAGAAUCGUGUAAGCACAAAAGAAACUAAUUGCUUUUUAAAUGAUUACAAUGCUUUUUAAAUGAGUUUAUUUCGAUAUAUCUCUACCCGACUUACUUUUGUGAUGACUUCUUAAGCAGUUAGAUUUAUGAGAUUAUACAUUCCAAAGAUCUUCUAUACAGAUAUUUGAAGAAUUCAUAAGAAGAACACAAUAAAUCCAUAAUUUGUAAAAUUUUAGAUACGAUCUCGUCGUAUUUGAAGU